CGUCGCGGUGGGCGUGUCCGUGUGCGCAGCGUGGCGCGCAGCGAUGGCGGCGGCUCCGCGCUGGCGGGAGCGGCUGUUCGCGCUCUAUUUCCUCUCGCACAUCCCCAUCACGCUGCUCAUCGACCUCCAGCCGCUGCUCCCCGACGGCCUCCACCCGCCCGCCCUGAGGGACCUGCUGCAGGGGUACGCCACCUCCUUCAGAGACCCCAUGAUGCUCCAGCCCCCAGAGUGGUUUAAGGCCUUUAUUUAUUGCGAAGCCUUUCUCCAGAUGCCUUUCUUCCCCAUCGCAGUCUACGCCUUCUUCAAAGGCGGCUGCAAAUGGAUCAGGACUCCUGCCAUCAUCUACUCCACCCACGUGGCCACCACGCUGUUUGCCAUCCUGGCACACAUCCUGUUCCACGACUUCUCCAAGUCCCAGCACCCGGGACCUCAGACGCAGCACGAGCGCCUGGUCCUGCUCUCCAUAUACGCGCCCUACCUGCUGAUCCCUCUCCUGCUGCUCUUCACCAUGCUCUUCCACCCCCACUACAACCAGGCGGAGAAACGGAAAAGGAAGUAGCCACUCGACAGCCCCACGCUGCUCCUGGCUUCGAUUCGGGCCCCGCUGCCGUCCUCAGGACAAACCUCUGCCUCCCGCCGUUGGCUGCAGCGGCUCCCACCGGAGCGUUGGCCAAGGAAGAUUGGGGCUGGUUUGAGUUUGCAGCUCUCCUCCCAUCCGAACCCGCUCUGGGGGACGCCGGUACCCGCAGCUCCUCCUGGUUCCUGGGCGGAGGCGGGAGGGACGCGCUCCUCUCCCGCUGCACGUACACCUGGAACAGGAACUCUGAACCAUCCGACGUGGAACCGCGGCCCGGGGCGGGAACUGCAGCUGAUACUUCUCUUUCACAUUCCCUUUGUCCAAGAUGACUGUUAGAAAACCACUAAAUAAAAGAAUUUGUCUUCCGAGAGCAUAUUCUGAAAAAUCCGUAACUGAUUACGUGCAGCUUCGCAGAGCCCUGUUCUUGAAGCAUUUCAAAUCAUUUAAUAAUUCUUAACCUCCUCGCUGCUUCCUUUAAAAUUUCACCUUCCUUUGCUUUGCUUCAGUUUUGAUUAAUUGCAAAUGUCUGAUCAGUGAUAAAUGUGCCAAAAUCUGGAUUUCUGAAUUCUUAACGUGGGCUUGGUUUGCCAACCAGGCCUGUUCCCUGGAGGAUCUGACAUACUUCAGGAACUGCAAACCAGGAUCUGUAAAUUCCUCUCUUCCGUGAAAUCACUUCUAAUAUGGAAAUAAAUAACUGAACGCAUUAAA